UCUUCUUCUUCAAUUGAAGCUGCUUCUGCUCCGCCACUCUGCCAUUGGACUCUUGAUAGUCCUCCCCACACUGCUGCUGGGGGGGUACUUUUUAACAUAGGCCUCUGCCCUAAUCUGUCAUCCCCCAUGACUCCUCAUGCUGCUGCCAGGCCCGUAAUCUGUCAUGGGCCCCUGUACCGCCUCCUCAUGCUGCUGCCAGGUCCAGAGUGUGUCAUGGGUCCCUGUACGGCCUCCCAUUGCUGCUGUCUCCAUCGCCCACACUCUGCCAUGUGCAACUUUCAGGUCUCCUCACACUGCUGGUGGGUUCCAUUUUGU